AAAACAUACAGUAUGAUCAACCUAAAUAUCAAACGUGAUAAUGAUCCAAUAAUGAAGUCUAAUAGUAUAAAACCCUGAAAGAUGGUAACCAGUGAUGGAAUGUAACUGAGUACAUUUACUCAGGUACAACUUUGAGGUUCAGGUACUUUAUUUGAGAAUUUAUUAUUAUUUACUAUUUACGACUUCCACUCUACAACAUUUUGGAGCCAUAUUUAAUAUUUUAUAUAUUUAUGUAUUUCGCUGUGAACUCAUCUAUCUCUUUACUCAGCAGCAUUGUGAACGGAGGACUGUGACCUCUCAGAGAAAAGACACACUUUGGUGUUUAUUCAGGCCUAUGUAGAAAAAUGUGUGACAAAUUCCAAAGCAGAUUUUUACGAGGGGCGCUGAACGCACCACCAGUGCAGCGUAGUCUCUGACAGUCGGCUGUGAAGUAAACGGACUCCGGCUGUCAUGUGUGAUGAGACGGGCAGCGACCACAGGCAGCUCUGACAGAUCCGGAUGAGACCGGAUCAGAACAACAGGCCCACGUCUUGCUGAGACCAUCUUUCAUGACUCGUCACAGUUCUGUUGAGGUUCCUGCGCUCCUUCGUUCAGUUUCCACAAGUCUUCUGAGGAGUUUCCACAUCUGUGCAGAGCUGCAGCCAUGCAGCAGGAGCUCCUGUUCAAAGUUCUGGUCAUCGGGGACUUGGGAGUCGGGAAAACGUCCAUCAUCAAGCGGUACGUCCACCAGAUCUUCUCCCAGCACUACCGGGCCACCAUCGGGGUGGACUUCGCCCUGAAGGUGCUGCAGUGGGACGAUGACACUGUGAUCCGGCUCCAGCUGUGGGACAUAGCAGGACAGGAGCGCUAUGGGAACAUGACUCGGGUGUAUUACCGGGAGGCGGUGGGAGCGCUGAUGGUGUUCGACGUGACGCGGGCCUCGACGUUCGACGCCGUGCUGAAGUGGAAGGACGACCUGGACUCAAAGGUGACCCUGAACCACGGGAGGCCGGUUCCAGCUGUACUCUUGGCCAACAAGUCGGACCAGCUGGCUUCCCAGCAGCCAAAACUGGACUCGUUCUGCAGGGAGAACGGUUUCGUUGGCUGGUUCGAGACCUCAGCGAAGGAAAACACAAACAUCGAGGAGGCGGUGCGCUGCCUGGUCGAGCACAUCCUGAACAACGAGGAGAGCCCGAUGAUCGAGAGGGACCCGAGCAGCCUGGUUCUGUCCGGGUACACAAACACAAAGACACAAAAAGAUCAUCUCAGCUGCUCGUCGUGUGUGAAGUGGUGACUCCUGACCCACCGUACGACCAGGAAGUGGACGGCUGAGAGCGUCACGGCCUCGGAGAGAAGUUCUGCUCAGGGACCGUUUGUAUGAGAAGUAAAUUAAAACAGUAAAUCAACUUUUGUGUUCCUGAAGCUGAGUCGCCGUCAGUGCAUCAGAGAGAAGAAGAAGAAGAAGAAGAAGAAGAAGAAGAAGAAGAAGAAGAAGAAGAAGAUUAUUAUUUCCCACAUGGUGUCGGAUGUGUUUCUUCUUCUUCUUUAGGUUUAUUGGCAGCGUUGGCUUCACUCCACUUCUUCUUCUCUGUUUCUUCUGACAGAGCUGCACUUUGUGUAGCUUUGUUUAUUUGAUACAGACCAAAUAUCGGCUCGACAGACACACAGCAACAUGAUGUCUGACACGUAAAAGUUUAGGUUUUGAAAAUUGUUGAUAAUUCAGAAGAUGAGGCUGAUCUGUGUCAUUUGUUUUUAGGUUACUGGUCACAAUUUAUAUUUCACUUAUAGAAAACACAAAGUUUUGCCUUGGAACUUGUACAGAAUUAAGUUUUCUUCAGAGGUUUAAAGGAUCUUUAAACUGAAUACUUUUUAUUAUAAACGUACAGUAACUAACAUGUACACUUUGAACAUCUGACGUUGUGCCUUUGACGUUUAGCUGAACUGACGCACAUAUAAAAACAUCAAGCCUUCAUGUCUUCUCUGUAUUUUCUUUAAUGCAGGUUACUAUUUGGUUUCUGUUGUUUCAGUCAGAGGAUUUCGUUCUGCUCACAUCUUCUAAUGUUUAAUACAGAAUGAGGAUAACAUAAAUGUGCCUGUUAGCUUUUAACACAGAUACGACAUGAUCCCAACAGCGUUACACUAUCGGCUCCAGACCGUCACAAUCUCACAUAAACAAAAUAAUCAUUUUGGACCUGACAGACAUUUUAAAACUAUUGAUUCUCAUUCAUAAUAAUGUGAUUAUGGAAAACAGAUGCUCUUAUUGUGCUCCAAAUUAUUGACAGAUUUCUUUUUUGAAUCAGAAAAUUUGAAAAUAAGGCUAAAGUCAGCAGCCGUUAGCUUAGCUUAGCAUAGAGACUGAAAACAGGGGGAAACAGCUAGCCUAGCUCGGUCCAAUCAGGUUAACAGCUGAUAUCUGGUUUAUUGACCACCGAUAUCAAACUUCUCAAAUUAUUCCUAAGAGAUUUUUAAUUCUUAUUUUCCUCGUGCAACAUCAAACUAUUGAAAUCCAAACACGUGCUUCCUGUUUUCUCCCGACGAUCUUCAGCGUCAGUUUUCACGGUGAAAUCAUUGUUGUUAUCUUCCUCUGAAUCGUGCAGCGUGUCACUGUGUUUGGUAACUAAGUUUAAUGGUUCAAAGCAGGAAAUAAAUCCUGAUUAACGACUUGACUUCAUGUAACAUUAACAGGCAG